AUGAACCGCCGGACCAAGUCUGCCCUUGGUUUCGUGCUCAGCUUGGGUUUGAUUGCCGCCGCAUUCGGCGUCGUCCGGUGCGUCGUCCUGCAGGAACUCGGCAGCCGGGCCGACAUCCUUUUCUCGACCGUCGACCUGGCCAUCUGGUCCUUCCUCGAGCAGAACGUGACCAUCAUCGCGGCGUGCAUUCCCGUGCUGUACACCGUCUUCCGUACACUGCUGGGCAUCGUCAGCACCAAGGCGUCGCGCUCGACGGGGCGCGGGACCACGCAGCGCCGCAAGUACGGCUACGACUCGACGUACGGGACGGGCUCGCGGCUGGAUCGCAGCGCCUACCGCGAGAUCGACUACGAGAUGCAGGCGACGGGACGGACGGUCGCUGUUGUGGGAGGGAGGACCAAGACGGCCUCGGAUGACGUCUCCAGCGAGGAUGAGAUCCUAGCUAAUGGCGGUGUGGGCAUUGUCCGGACGACAGAGAUGGUGGUGUCGUCGGAUUUUCAUCCAAGUAGCUGA